AUUACUGUAUUUUGCUUUGCAUCGCGUUGAGGCGUAACUCCCGCAGUAACCGCAAUAAAAAGAUGGAAGCCUUGCUCCGGGCCCCGCUCCCUCAGUCGCCUGUUUCAGUGAGAUGGCCAUGCUGAGUGUAAAACCGGGGCAGAGGUUCACUGUGCCGGACUGGCACACCAACACUAAGCUCAUCUCAGCUGAUGCUGAAAGCCAGCGUUCUGCUUCCCACCGAGUCCGGCAGGAAACCCGAGCUCUCCGCAACGAAACCAACAACCAGGCAAAAUGGGAUGAACAUGACAACCAAACUCGCCUGACUGAACGUAUCAGCAGUGUGAACAGAUGGAAAGAGACCCUGGACAAAUGCCUUGCAGACAUAGAUGAGGAAAUCGAUGCCUUAGCCAAAGUGAAGGAAGCAGCAGAACGUGCCCUCCAGGCAAAGAACUUGUCUUUGGACAUUGCCAUUGAGUGCCUGACACUCCGCGAGAGCCGUCGUGCCAUCGACGUGGUGAGGGACCCCGUGGAGGAUGAGCUGCACAAGGAGGUGAGGGUGAUAGACAAGGCCAAGAGAGAACUGCAGCAGAGAGUGAAUGAAGCCUUCGAGCAGCUCUGCCUCCUACAGGAAGCUCGCCAGCAGCUGAGCUUUGACCACCGGGGCAAGAUGGAAGCAUUGGAAAUAGAUCGCGUGUGCUUAUCCCUCAGUGUGAACUCUCCCAAUAUCUCCUUCAAGGUCAACCCAACACGUGUCCCAAACGGAUCAACUGCAGUUGAUGAGUGGGAACAGAAUAGCCAGUACAACAAGGAUCAUGCUGAGGCGGAAAUGAAAGCCUCGACUAAGCUCCGAGAAGUGAUCGUGCUUGCCAUUGCCCAGACCAACAACGAGCUGGAGGCUCAGCGUGUAGCUACAGAGUUUGCCUUGCGCAAGAGGAUUAGAGACAUGGAAAGAGCCUAUGAUGAGCUGAAAUGGCAGGAGCGAAACACCUUGGAAGAAAUCUCUGAGAUGGAAGAGGACAUCCGACGGUUGGAGGAAGAUCUCCGAAGGAAAAUGCAGGAUCUGAAAGUAGCACACACCCGCUUGGAGACCCGCAUGUAUCGGCCCAAUGUGGAGCUCUGUCGGGAUCAGGUCCAGUACGGGCUAACAGAUGAGGUCCACCAGCUGGAGGGAACGAUCCGUGUGCUCAAGCUCAAGCUAGCAGAGGCGCAGGAUGCCUUGGACGCUCUAUACAGACAACUUUACCGCAUUCAGACAGAUAUUGGCUACAAAGCCAAUUCCCUGGUGCUGGACAACAAGUGUAUGGAUAGCCGGCGAAAACUCGUGGUUCCUGCCGAGAAAUUUGUGCCAGAGGUCGACACUUUCAACCGGACCACAAACCGUGCACCCUCCCCGCUGAAGAACGGGCAGCUGGAGUUGGCUUAGCGUGCUGGGGAGUGUUGUGCAACGAGCCACGCCAAAGAGAGAGCUACCAGUGACUCAGUUCCGUAGUAGGGAAAGCGGACAUCUGUGUCAUGUUAGGAUAAUGUAAUUCUCCUCCCUCUCUCUCUCCUUAGUUUGUUAUAUAACUGUCUGUCCCCUUGCAUGAUGUUUAUAGCCUCUUGCACUCCAAGGAGCAUUAUAAACAAUAAAGAGUCUGUCCCCAAGAGCA